AUGCCCACUCGCAAUAAAGAUAGGGUAUAUGUCGCCCUCUACGCGCGUGGAGGGAAUGAGCCAAACACGUAUCACUGGGCAAUUAUCGUUGGGCCUAAGAAGGAAGGGGAUGGGAAACUCGGCUAUCGCUACCAUGUGAAGCAUGUGCUUGUUCCAGCCGCCCUGGGUCAAGUGAAAUGGGAGUAUCAAGCCAUCGAGAUACCUCUUUUUCAGACAGCCAUGUUACUCGGCCGGAUUAUGGUUGCCAAAGUCACCGAUGGCGCCCAGCUACAUCGCUCCUUAGCUGCAGUUCCAAUCAUACAAAACAACCCGGAGUGGACAUGUCGAACUUGGGUAAAAGAUGCCGUUGCGUCUUUAGAAGCUGAUGGGAAAAGUCUGGGAACACGAGUCACAAAUUGGGAGGAAAUAGAGAAGACUGCCAAUGAAUACAUUGAAACAAAACGCCAGCAAAGGCGAUAUGACGUUCAGACUGUUCCGACGUUUGAUCUUAUUCAGAAGAAAGAGACCAUCCCAUAA